AUGGGAUCGAGAGGCGACUCAGAAGAUCAGACGUUUGAUCCGAACUACGUCCCACUAGAUACAAUCGAAUUGGAAACUCAAAAUCUCAUAGCUAGGCUUGUUGCAGAAGAAACAAAUGUUGAUCGGGUCGCUGAAGAUGAUGUAGAUUGCGUUCCUGAAAAGAAACAAGGAAGCAAAAGAAAGCUUAUCAGUCUUGUCGAUGAAACUGAUGAUGAGAUCACUCCAUCAACCCAAAAAACCAAGCCUCGCAGAAAUACUUUUUUUGGAACAGCCUCGAGGAAACCGAUGUUGCAAUCCACUAUAGAUGGUGGCAUUGGCUCGUCCUCACAAGCGUUUUAUUCUAAAGCUUUGGAAGUCUAA